CUAUGUCCGCCUCCUCCUCUUCCUCCUCUUCUCUACUUCCUCUCUAUACCUCUCCUCCUCUACUCCUCCUCCUCUCUAUCAUCUUCUUCUCUACCAUGCACCAUGUCCACUGAAGCCCUCCUCGUCCGUCACAUCACAACCCACCCCUCAAAACCAUCUGAUAUCCCACCCGCCGUCGCUGCCCUCCUCGCAGUCACCUCCAUCCCCCCUCCUCGCUCCUCCUCCGCCUCAAAAUCUCACCGCCGUCGCCACUCCUCCGACCGUCCGAGCUCUGAUCCGGCUCACGGACUAUCCAGAUACCGCGCUUCCUCAUCUUCCUCCUCUCGACGGCCCUCCUCGUCCUCCACUGCCUCCCCUACCUCCGCCUCCGCUGCUCCCGCUACCCCCGGCGAUAUCUCCUCCCAGCAGGCCGCGCACCAUGAACGCACAAAACACCAGCACCACAAACACAAGCACGCCUCCCCGCCGCGCAAACACAGACAUCUGCCGUCAGAGCUCGUCGAGCUACUGACUCCGCCCUCGGUCGAUGACGACGACUCUUCUGUCACAUCCUCAAAGGCUGUCGCGAUCAAACACUCGUCAUCCUCCUCCUCCCUCGCCGCUUUCACUCCCCUCUCCUCCUCGACCUCGCCCCCUGCUCUCUCCUCCUCUGUCUCCUCGCUCGAGUCCUCUCCCCGAACAUCUCCUACAACCCCUCUAUCUGACGAAUCUGAAUACUUCCCGGCCGUCGAUCUCUCAGCUUCUUCUGACUCGGACUCUGACACCUCUACACUAAGAUCCUCGUCCUCCACCUCCACAGUCCGCCACAGCAGCAGUCCUCCCUCGCCAUCACCAUCAAAAUAUGUUUCCGAGUUCGACGUCUGCGGUCUUCCCUCGCGACACCGCAAGCAGCGAUCCGAGUCGAUCUCAGCGUACAACGAAGACCCGCUGUGUGUCGCCGUCGACGAGCACGGCGCCUGCAUCCCUGCCAUCGCCUUUGUGCCGAAAGAGGCGCCGGCACCUACACAACCCCCAUCUCUGACCAUGCUGAUGCGCUCGCGCUCGAGCAAAUCGCUGGCUGAUCGAACGAGCCGGCACCAGCACAGUCAGCACCAGCACCAGCAUCAGCAGCAGGCAGAGCAGCGACAAUCGCAGCGCAAGAAGACGCAGCAGGAGAUCCUGGAUGAGCAGUACACACAGCAGCACAACAGCAUGGUCGCAAAGAUCAACUCCUCGAUCCGGUCACUGAAAUGGAUCGCGUCGUCGAUGGCCCGACACCAGGAAGAGUACAUGCGCAAGGACGAGAUCGACCACCUAGAAGAACCGCGACGAUCACGCAGCACCGACCGCGUUUCGGCGCGCCGGUCGUCGUCGACCUCGACCUCGUCCCCGCACCGCUCGUCUUCUUCAUCCCGCAAGCGAUCUCCGAGCGCGAGCCGUCGACUUCGCUCCGAGAGCGUGCCGGUGCGGCAGACCAGCUCGCGCUCGGUGCGAAACUCGCUCUCGGCUGGCGGCGUCACUGCGAAAUCCACCGCGCGGGCGCUGAUGAUGCACCAGCCUCUUUCUGAGAAACUGAGCGUCUCCUCCUCUUCCUCGUCGUCUUCAUCUGCCUCCUCUCCUGUCACGGACUCGGGCGCAAAAAUCGCGGCGGAGGGCGAAGAAGGCGAAGCCACGUACAUCCCAAUGGAGACCUACGACGUGCAACAGAACUGCCUCCCGAUCCUGCGUCCGCGCGAGCCCCGCAUGAACGGUGAGUUUCUGCGGGUCCUGGCUAUGGAGCUCGAGAUGCGUCGGCAUGGCAAGCUUAGUCCUGAUUUCUACAGCGGCAAGGCGAGGAUGGUGUUGGCGCCGCGGACGGAUUAUGGGCAUUUGAGCAAGAAGCCUAGGAACUGGACUGUGUGGACUGCAUAGGUUCAUUUAUUCAUUUAUUCACAUUCAUUUAUGUUGCUUUUUCUCUUUUAUUAUUGGGUAUUGUUGAACGGUGCACGGGGUAGAUGUCAUUUAUUUCUUUGCAUUUCUUCUUUUCAUUUUCUUAAUCAUUCUCUCGAAUCAUAAAAUGGGCUGGGUUUCUGUUUCUUUUCUUCUUUUGUUAUUUCAAGACGGGGUUUCUACAAUAUAUCAGCAUAUAAUGACACUAUUAUCAACUUAC